AUGGCCACCGGCACAAUCACAAUUCAAGAUGGAGGCAACCACCGCGACUCUGGAUCAACAUCUGGCGGAGCCAUCCUCGCGACCUUCAUUCCCACCUUCACCACCGCCGUAAUCUACCUUGCCAUCUUCGCCGGCAUCAGGAAUACUUAUCGCAAAUUCUACGCUCCUCGAACAUUUCUUGGGACCGUGCCUGAAAAGGACCGCACGCCACAAGAACGAGCGUCAGGCGGCCAUUGGUUUCGGGACUUCCGCCAAUUGCCUGACCGCUUUGUUCUACAGCACAAUUCGCUCGAUGCUUACUUGUACCUGAGAUUUCUGAAAAUAAUCAUCUUCAUAUGCCUGAUCGGCUCUUGUAUGACAUGGCCGAUUCUGUUUCCGAUUCAUGCCUUGGGAGGUGGUGAGUCUACUCAGCUCGACAAGCUCACUAUCGGUAAUGUGACCAAGCCGAGCUACUUCUGGGCGCACUUCGUGGUCGGUACUGGCUUCUUCCUCGGCAUUCUCGUUCUCAUAGCAUGGGAGCGACUCCGUCUGAUUGGUGUGAGGCAAGCCCACUAUCUGAGCGAUGAUUACACCUCGCGUCUAUCUGCCCGUACGGUCCUCUGGAUGAACGCACCCCGAGAUGCAUGUCUCCCGGAGAGUCUUACCAAGUCCUUUGGCGAUGACGCUAUCAAGGCGUGGCCUGUGCGAGACUCUGGUGAUCUGGAAGAUCUUGUUCAGCAGCGCAACGAUGCCGCAUAUGCAUUAGAGGAUGCAGAGAUGGAUCUCAUCGUGAAGGCCGUGAAGCUUAACAAGCAGAAAGGAAGAACGAAUGGAGCGAAUACUUCGGGAAACACUGAGGCUCAAAAUGCUGUACCGCGAUCGAAGCGCCCGACCGCUAGAGAGCCGCCAUUUGUAGGCAAGAAGAUUGAUCGUGUCGACAGAUCUCGCACAUUGGUUGGUGAACUUGCUGAGCGCAUCGAGUCACAUCGUGCGGCACCAAGCAGGAACAUUCCCGAGCAAUCCGCGGUGUUCGUGGCAUACAACAGCCAGCCUGCGGCUCAUCGAGCUUUCCAGGAACUCACGUUCCAACCACGACUACCUUUGCAAGACCGAUUCCUCGCGAUCCAGCCCAAAGAGGUCUUGUGGAAGAACCUCGCACGGCCAGUGCCAGAGCGUGUGUCUAAAGCUUCGCUUGCUUUGGUCUUUGUGAUUGCCUUCACCGUCUUUUUCUCCAUCCCGGUCGGCCUCAUAGGUACUCUCAGCAAUAUACAACAUCUGGCGGACACAUAUAGCUGGCUGAACUGGCUAAACAAUCUACCACCAGUCGCUGUUGACCUUCUCACUGGACUCUUGCCACCAUUCCUGGUGAGCUGGUUCACGAGCUAUGUACCUAAACUCUUUCGACAUAUCGCCAAGCUGUCCGGCGAGCCCACGACUCCCCAAGCAGAACUCAAGACUCAGGCCUGGUUCUUUGCAUUUCAGGUCUUCCAAGUCUUCCUCGUCACGACUACAGCGUCUGGUGCAGCAGCCGUGGCACAGCAGAUUCUGAAAGACCCAGCUUCGGCUACAGACCUACUCGCCACCAGCCUGCCAAAAGCGAGCAAUUUCUACUUGACAUACUUUAUCUUACAAGGCACAGCGAGCGCCGCAUCAAACGUUCUGAACUACUCGGACCUCUUCGAGCUGUUGUACUACGAAAAGUUCGCAGACAAGACUCCACGCCAGCACUUCAAUACACAUGCCCAGAUGAAGGGCACACCAUGGGCAGCUUGGUACCCCAAGUUUACGAAUCUGCUCGUGAUCGCCAUUGCGUACUCAUGCAUUGCGCCGCUCGUUCUGGGGUUUGCCACGGUCGGCAUCUUCUUGUACUACCUGAGCUACCGAUACAGUCUACUGUAUGUCAGACAGACCAAGAUCGACACCAAGGGCGAGGCCUACAAGCGUGCUUUGCAACAGAUCCCAACCGGUAUCUACUUGGCUGAGUUAUGUCUGAUCGGCUUGAUGGGCGCUCGUGGCGCAAAAGUGCAGGCAGGGCUGAUGAUCGCAUUCCUCGUGCUUACAGCAGUGUUGAACUUUCUGCUCGACAGAAUGCUUCGACCACUCGAGCUGUACCUCGGAGUCGACAUUUGGCAGGAACAAGAGGUGCCGCUGCUGGCGCAAGAGGAUAACAUUGAUCCGAACGACGAGGACGCACUUCAUGGCGCAUCGCACGCACGAAGAUUAGGGUUGCGAGUCUUGCCUGAUCCUGCGCCACGAGUCCUGUCCGACUUCUUCGACAGCAUCAUCCGCUCUGCACGGGACGAGGCAAAAGAGUGGCUCAGUACUCCAUCGGCGACUCGUGAGGAUUCUGCGGAAUCGCUAAAGAGCGACGAGAUGGAGAAAGCAUAUCUAUCACCUGCCUUCACGUCGAAGACGCCGAAGCUAUGGAUACCAAAAGACAGCACUGGCGUCUCGAAGCAAGAGAUCGAGCACAAUGAAUCCUCAGGUGUACCGACGACCGACGAAGCUGCCGAGAUUGACGAAGAUGGGAAGUUGCAUUGGGACCAUGACUUUGCGAACGUGCCAAUCUACAAGAAACCCGUUCGGAUAUAA